GUUUGCUCUUAAAUUAGAAUCGUUCGUAAUAUUUUACGAGAAUCUUUAUAAAUAAUCGUUAUAUAAUAUUUCGGUCGAAUAUAUUCGAUUAAAUGAAACUUAUUGUCAACCCAUCUUCUCUCUUGCAAUUGGUACUUGAGGAAAAAUCCCGCUAAUGUACAUCGCGCGCCCUCCUUGUCUCUCAUACGUCCGCAACGCAUGCGCCAAUGGAAUCUUGAGGACUCGAAAAAUCGCGCCGCGAUUGGUCAUCCUCGGAAGCUUCUCGAAGCGGGCGAUUCGGUAUAUUAAAAGCGCGGCGGAAGCCCGCGUCAUCAGUUUCCAUAACGAGCGCGACGAGUGCAGGUGUACUCUCGAGUUCACAUUUGAGUGCCGACUAUAACGGAUUAAAUCUACGUGAUAGAAAAGCGUGGUGAUUAUUCGACAAGUAUCUGAUUACGUUGAGACAUCAGUUUCUCGUAAGAGAGGAGGAUAACAAUGUCGAAAGCACCGGCAGUUGGAAUUGACUUGGGCACCACGUAUUCCUGCGUGGGCGUCUUUCAACACGGAAAAGUCGAAAUCAUCGCCAAUGAUCAGGGUAACCGAACUACACCGAGCUACGUAGCCUUCACCGACACCGAGAGAUUGAUCGGCGAUGCAGCAAAAAACCAGGUUGCCAUGAACCCCAGCAACACCAUUUUUGACGCAAAGCGUUUGAUCGGUCGCCGAUUCGAUGAUGUGACUGUACAAAGCGACAUGAAGCAUUGGCCGUUCACGGUAGUCAAUGAUGGAGGCAAACCAAAGAUCAAGGUGUCUUACAAAGGCGAGGAGAAGACCUUCUUCCCCGAGGAAGUGUCCUCCAUGGUUCUAACGAAGAUGAAGGAAACAGCGGAAGCGUAUUUGGGCAAGACCGUGACGAACGCCGUUAUUACUGUGCCAGCUUAUUUCAACGAUUCUCAAAGGCAGGCGACGAAAGAUGCUGGUGCUAUUGCUGGUCUAAAUGUUCUUAGGAUAAUAAAUGAACCGACUGCAGCUGCGAUAGCGUAUGGUCUCGAUAAGAAAGCCGCAGGCGAAAAGAACGUCCUGAUCUUUGACUUGGGCGGUGGUACCUUUGACGUGUCAAUUCUGACAAUCGAGGAUGGUAUCUUCGAGGUAAAAUCUACGGCUGGCGACACGCAUCUCGGUGGUGAGGACUUCGACAAUCGAAUGGUAAACCACUUCGUGCAAGAAUUCAAGAGAAAGUACAAGAAGGACUUGAGCUCUAACAAGAGAGCUGUGAGACGUCUAAGAACAGCCUGUGAAAGGGCGAAGAGGACAUUAAGUUCGUCGACGCAAGCAAGCAUUGAGAUUGACUCGUUGUUUGAAGGUAUCGAUUUCUACACAUCAAUCACCAGAGCCAGAUUCGAAGAACUCUGCGCCGAUCUGUUCAGAAGCACUCUUGAACCUGUCGAGAAAGCGCUUAGAGAUGCGAAGAUGGACAAGGCUCAAGUUCACAGCAUAGUUCUAGUCGGUGGCUCCACCAGGAUACCAAAGAUUCAGAAAUUACUUCAAGAUUUCUUCAACGGUAAAGAGCUGAAUAAAUCCAUUAAUCCGGAUGAAGCCGUUGCUUAUGGCGCAGCAGUUCAGGCGGCUAUUUUACAUGGUGACAAGUCUGAGGAAGUUCAAGAUCUACUUCUACUAGACGUGACUCCUUUGUCAUUGGGCAUUGAAACCGCUGGCGGUGUCAUGACAACUUUGAUCAAGAGGAAUACAACGAUACCAACGAAGCAAACCCAGACAUUUACUACAUAUUCCGAUAAUCAACCAGGAGUACUUGUCCAAGUCUACGAAGGGGAGAGAGCGAUGACCAAGGAUAACAAUAUUCUUGGUAAAUUCGAAUUAACUGGAAUACCACCGGCACCUAGAGGUGUACCACAAAUUGAAGUUACUUUUGAUAUCGAUGCGAAUGGCAUAUUGAAUGUCUCUGCGAUUGAGAAAUCUACAGGCAAAGAAAAUAAGAUCACGAUUACCAAUGACAAGGGACGUUUAUCGAAGGAAGAGAUAGAAAGAAUGGUAAAUGAAGCCGAGAAAUACCGGUCAGAAGAUGAACUGCAACGAGAAAGAAUUACUGCUAAAAACGCUCUCGAGUCAUAUUGCUUUAACAUGAAGACCACGAUGGAAGAUGAGAAGAUUAAAGAUAAGAUCGAUGCGUCUGAUAAGGAGAAAAUUAUCUCUAAAUGCAACGAAAUUAUCUCGUGGUUGGACGCCAAUCAAUUAGCGGAGAAGGAAGAGUUUACUGACAAGCAGAAAGAACUGGAGUCUAUUUGCAAUCCUAUCGUAACGAAACUUUAUCAAAGCGGUGGAGCACCCGGUGGUUUUCCUGGUGCUGGAGGAGCAGGACCCAACCCAGGCGCUGGUGGUGCUGGUCCAACUAUUGAAGAAGUCGAUUAAAUUGAUCGUCAUUUUAUUUUUUCUUCUCAUACAGCUUAGAUAACAUUACAUUUCAUCUCACUUUACAAUGCGUAUUAUUAUUUAUAAUAGAGUAUUUUAAUUCUACAUUCUACGUCUUGAA